UUUCCUCCACACAGUGAUCAGAACACUUUGAAGUUAGGAAGGAACACAACCCCUCACUUUUAAAAAUGAGCCAGAAAGAAUCAGGAAGUUUUUAUGAAGAGACUGGACAGCCAUUUGUCUGAAAUGGUAUAGAGUUUCCUGCCUGAGCAGGGGGUUGGACUAGAUGACCAACUUUGUUAUUAUUAUUAUUAAUAAUACUAACACCCAAUGGACAUCUUCUACAGCAAAUCUCCUAUCUUACUUCUUCAGCAUCCAAUGGAUAGCUUCUUCAGGCUGGGUGAGCAAACCUAUCUCCACAAAUACUGAAUCAUGCAUAAAAAAAAAAAUCUCCGAGGACCUAGGACUCCAUAUGGGACUCACGUCUUCUGACAGCGAGGCAUCUGGUUGUUCCCAAACAAAAUACAGCACACGGUUCCAUGUGGGUGGGUUUUUUUUUUGGCCAAGUCUUGUCAGCUGGUAGAGCUGGGAUUCUUCCAGAAGUAAUUUUGGUUGGAAGUCUUCCUCCUACAUUGACUGAAAAUUCAGUGCCUCAUCAAAAUAUUCAGGAAGGAUCUUGAAGACUUCAUCUAGUGCAGGGGUCUUCAAACUUGGCCCUUUGUUGACUUGUGGGCUUUCACUCCCACAGUGCCUGGCUGAGGAAUUCUGGGAGUUGAAGUCCACAAGUCAUCAAAGGGCCAAGUUGGAAGACCCCUUGAUCUAGUGCAACCCUUCUGCUAAUCUUGGCUGUCACCAUCCAUGACUAUAUGUCUGUGGAGGUUCUCAAUCAGCUCGAUGAACCACUCAAUGCAGUCCAUAGUCAUGGUUGUCCCAAAGGUGCUUUUUCCGAAGGGCAACUGGACUUUCUUCUGGAUGUCCUUAUUACCUAUCCCAUCCAAGGCCCACAACCACUGUGGGGUGGCAACCAAGGUAGAUUUGCACCUGAGUUUCUCAAAGUCUAGUCCAACCUCCUUUAUCACCACCUUGCAAGACUUAAAUCAUCCUUUGUUCUAGCUGAAUCUCAGGCUAGGCUGUGAAAGAAAGCCAAGGAGUUUUCUUCCCCAGAAGAGCUAUUCAAAUCUUCUCCAGGUAUCUUCCAUCAGAUGGAUCAGGGCUGGGAACUAGGAUUUAGAAACAUCUGGAAGAGAAUGAGUGGCACUCUCUUCCACUUAGCUACUCUGGCAAACUUCACAUUUCACUCUGAAGCACCACAGGGGGUCUUGGUUGAGGGUGUCGUGGGACUCAGCUGACCAAGAAUGGUUUCAAAGAAUGGUUUAGGGCUUGGCGUGAAAUGCUCAAAGUCUAGGCAGAUGCCUACACAGAAUCUUUUUCCUCAGUGCCUGGGAUCUGGGUGCUUUGCCAAGGGACCGUAUGUUCCCGGAUGAAUUUCAAUGUUCAGAAGGGAAAACUAGCCAGGCUGCCUGGCAUUCAGUAGAAAGCUUUUCUUUCUGACUCACAGCUAACAAAGGGCAGGCAGAGGAAGAGAAAGUGAGUGACGGGCUUCAGACUCCCUUUUCAUUUCCUAAGACAAACACGGCUUUGUUUGGGGUCUAGAAAGCGGUGCGCCCAAGGCUGUUGUCUUGCCAUCUCUCCGUGGCCCUGAGAAAUGGCACCAGAGAAAGACCAGCACCCAACGGGGUUGUGAGAAACCCAGAAAUGACAGGCGAAUCCCAGGAGGAUGUGGACCAACGUGAUGCUCGGGUGGGGAGGGGAACUUAUCUUUGCAAUGCGAAAAGCCUUCAAUUGUUGUUUUUAGCCUUGGGGGGUGGAGAGGAGGAUGCAAAUCCAUCUCAGAAUUCUAGCAUCUCAGAAUCUGAAGGGAGCUGAGUCCAGUUAGGAUUGGGUUUGCUUGCUUCAGAAGACAUCUGAUGCCUUUUGUUCCUGUUUAUGAAUCACAGGGUCCCAGCCAACCGAAGGUACCAACCCACAGAGUAUGAACAUGCAGCCAACUGUGCCACCCAUGCGUUCUGGAUUGUUCCCAGCAUCCUUGGAAGUUCGGUUCUCUACCUCCUCUCGGACAAUCAGUGGGAGACAAUUUCUGCAUGGAUCUACGGCUUCGGCUUGUCAGGACUCUUCAUCGUCUCCACCACCUUUCAUACCAUCUCCUGGAAGAAACGGCACUUAAGGACCGUGGAGCAUUGCCUACACAUGUUCGACAGGAUGGUGAUUUAUUUCUUCAUUGCAGCUUCCUACGCUCCUUGGCUCAACCUGCGGGAGCUGGGUCCCUGGGCAUCCCACAUGCGCUGGAUCAUCUGGAUCAUGGCCACAGGGGGGACGGUCUACGUCUUCUUUUUCCAUGAACGGUACAAGCUGGUGGAGCUGUUUUGUUACCUGGUGAUGGGGUUUUCCCCUGCCCUGGUCAUUCUCUCCAUGCACUGGAAUUCUCCGCUGGAAGCCCAACCAAGUGUUAACCAGGCCGGACCCUGCUUAGCUUCCCAGCUUCAAGGACACCAGUCAAGUGUUCUGCCUUGCUAUGAAUUCCUUUCUGCACCCUUCAACCAAAUCAAUUUGGAUUCCUUGAAAUCUCUGUUUGUAGCUAAUUCUGAUUUUAUUUUUCUGUCUGGUGACUGUUUUGUACUCUAUAAUCAGGGGAAUGAAUGGGUUAUACUGAUCGCCCUAGCUUUUUGUACUAACUUUUCAUGACUUUGUAACUUUAAAAGAAUGUUGACCAGUUAAAACUUCUGAAUUUUUUGAAGAAGAAGUCCUGUAUUUCAAACCACUUGUCUCUUAUUUAAACAUAAGUAUUUUAUAUAUAACACAGUAUUAUUUAAUGCCGGUUGUAAUAAAAACCAUAUUAGGGAAGGUGGUUUCUUGUGGAAUAAGAUUUAAAUUAUAAAAAAAAUAACUUCUUUAGGGCUGUAUUUAUUGUUACUGAAGAGGGGAAAGUUUUUUUAAUGAUUUUUUUUUAAAAGGGAAGCCAUCAUCCAUAGGCUGAUGAGACUCAGUUUUACAAAUGUUACAAGUCAUAACUCUAACAAUUAAUUCUCAUAAAUCUGAUAUAGAAUUAAAAUUCUACAGUCACUUAAAUGAAAUGGGUGGUAUAGAAAUUUGAUAAAUAAAAAUUGUAAUUGGAAACAUU